AUAUGGGAUGCUGGCACUGCAGGAGGCAGCUUUACCUGCUAUGCCACAGCGCCGGCCCCUCCUGUGUAAUGUUUAAUAGAAGUGGAUGGCCUGCACACGGACCUGCUCCCGCAUCCUGGGACUGAGCCUCGGGUCUGCAGCCCUGUUUGCCGCUGGGGCCAACCUGGCUCUCCUCUUUCCGAACUGGGAUGUGACCUACCUGCAGAGGGGCCUCAUUGGCAGGCAUGCCAUGCUGGGCUCUGGGCUCUGGGGAGGAGGCCUCAUGGUCUUCACGGCAGCUACCCUUAUCUCCUCGAUGGGCUGGAGGGCCGGCUGCUUCAGUAAGAGUGGGCCCUGUCGAAACAUGCUUGCUGCCCUGCUGUCGAGCGGCCUGGCUUUGCUUGGAGCCUCGGUUUGCUUUAUCACUUCUGGAGUAGCCCUGAAGGACGGCCCAUUUUGCAUGUUCGAUGUCUCGUCCCUCAAUCAGACACAAGCUUGGACAUAUGGUUACCCUUUCAAAGACCUGCCUAACCGGAACUACCUGUAUGACCGCUCGCUGUGGAGCUCCGUGUGCCUGGAGCCCUCUGAAGCUGUGGUUUGGCACGUGUCCUUCUUCUCCACCCUGCUGUGCGUCAGCCUCCUGCAGCUUCUCCUGGGGGUCGUUCACUUCAUCAACAGCCUCCUGGGCCUCUUGUGCAGCCUCUGUGAGAAGCAAUAG